AAAAGAAGAUGCCUCAUCGCCUAUCCCUUUAAUUAAUUCUCGAACCCCCCGACUCACCUCCCUAGAUAACACCUAGUUACUUAGGUUACGCCUUCGACAAUGGAGACCUCCGAGUCCGAGGACUGGAUACACGCUGACCCGACCUCAUCUCAAGAAUCACCGGCCGAGAACCCUGCUUCUAGUGCUGAAUAUCCAUAUCCGGAUACUAGUACUACGAUCCCUGGACCCGAGCCCGCUUCGGAGGAUUAUUCCGCCCUCCUCUCCUACCCUCAGGAUUCGGAUUAUUAUGCCCUCCUGGGUUUGUCCCGGGCCCCACCGCCUAGCGAGGCGGAUAUUCGCUCUGCGUAUAAGAAUCUUACUCUAAGCUUUCAUCCAGAUAAGCAGCCGGGUGAAUGGCAGGAGAUUGCAAGGCGGCAUUUUGACCGCAUCUGUGAGGCGUAUGAGACCCUGAUUGAUCAUCGGAAGAGGACCGUGUAUGACCUUAUGGGAGUGGAAGGGGUCAGGAAGGAAUGGGGACCCGGCGGAAUGAUGGGUAGGGGUGGGGAGGCGGAGCGGGAACGCAGGGUAGGUGUUAAGGCUAGGUCACCGGAGGAGUUCCGGAAGUGGUUUUUGGAGGCUAUGAAGAGGAGGGAGAGGAAGGCUGUUAACUCUAUGGUUAUGAGUCGGGGUUCCUUGGUCUUGGGUAUUGAUGCUUCGGAUAUGAUUUGGGUGGAUGAGGAGGAGGGAGAGGUUUAUUUUGGGAUUCCGUCGCCCAGGCCGUCGAGAUAUAGUGUUGGGUAUUCGUUUAAGGCUCCUUUCCCGACGCCGCGGAAGUUAUUGGGGAAGAUGGAGGAGGAGGAAGACAAGGAGGAGGUUUCGUCUGCCGAAGGGUCUGCGGAGCAGAAGGUCGAGGCGGUUGGUGAGCCGGAGAUGGUGAUCAAUGCUGGUAUUGCGGGUCAGAUGCAACAUCUGGCUCAGAAGCUUACUCUGCAGCUCACGGAUGGGACUCAGGAAACGCGAGAGGUUCCAUUGCCGCCCAUUCUAGCAUCGCAGGAGAUCACCCUUGGAGCUACUGUAAACCACGUCUUUGGUGAUGUUGCGAGUCAAAAGGGCAUUUUUAGCAAGUGGCCUUUCUCGUUCCUUCGCUAUUCAGGCGUCUCCGUCGGUGCUAUGGUUUUGCCUGUCCCAUCAUUGCAGGCGAACAUGGUGAAGGCUGUAACACCUGUUGCCGGGACAAAGCCUUUUAGAGUUAACUUCAGCAGUAUAUUUUACAAGUCUCCUGUGAAAUGCCCACCUGCGGUGGGUGUUCAGGUCAUGAAAGAGGUGGGUGAAAACAAACAUGCCUUUUGUAAAUGGCAAAGUGGUACCAUAGCUUGGCCAAAUGCCAUAGUGCAUUUGCUCAGCCCUUUCAUUGACAUGGGCCUGGACGUGGAUUCCGCGUUCAGUAUCCCCAAACAGACCAGCCAGUUUCAGCUUGGUUUGCUAUGUCUCCCGAAAUCUCCCAAGCAGGCUGCUUUUAUGGAUAAUUAUGACGAUGAGUCGGAGGAAGAGGAAGAAGAGAGCGAGUACCGGCAGCUUCGAUCCAGACAGCGCGCGGAAGACAAGGCUGGUGAAGCCUGGCAAAUAGGCUUUUCUGCUUCCCCAGAAGCAAAUGGCUUAUCCCUGACCUAUGCACGCAACCUUUUCUCUGGUUCGGCUGCUAAUGACCUUGUGCGCUCCGAGUGGAGUUCUGAGGGACAUUAUCCUUUACCACCUGCAAGCGAACCGCGCUCCGUACGGGUUGAAGUGUCCAGCACUGUUGGUAUGGAUUUGGCGCUUUCAUGGAAAGUAGAAGGGUCUCGUCAGGUUGGAGAAUUGACUCGCAUGGGAUUUGGUGUUGGAAUCGAAGGCAACCAGGGCCUUGUCAUGACGAUCUCAUGGAGCAGACUAGGCCAGAGGAUCAAGCUUCCUAUCGCUGUCUGUCCCCUUGGCGUGGUCAAUGCAGACGCUGCCGCACUUGCUGUCAUUUUCCCGUGGGUGGCAUAUUGCGCGCUAGAAUUUGGGUUCAUCCGACCAAGAGAAAGGAAGAACCGUCGACGUGUGAUAGCGCGACGACAGAAGGAGUUGAAGAAGAUGAUUCCAGUAAAGAGAGCAGAAAGCUUGCAAGCGAUUGAACUCAUGGCUGAACAGGUACGGCGGCGACAAUCAAAGGAGGAGCGACAGGAUGGUCUGGUCAUCACGAAAGCAGAGUAUGCCCAUUUCCCUUCUAGAAAGAAAGGGAAUGACAUUAGUCAAGAAUAUGAGGUGGCAGAUGUCACCAUUCCAGUGGCUGGGUUGGUGGACCGCAGCCAGCUGGUGAUUCCUAAGAAUAUGGUCAAGUUCCAUAUCCUUGGAUUCUAUGAUCCAGCUCCUCUUCAGCCCAAAACCCUGAAGAUUUGGUAUACAUACCAUGGGGCGCAGCAUUAUGUAGAAGCAGCUGACUCUGAGGCUAUUGCUUGCCCUAUGCGCACCCACUUGAUAUCCGAACAGCUCUGACCAAUCAUUGCUGUACGCAUGACUCCUGUAUUUAUAUAAUCUUGAUAUCUCUUGUGCUUUGGACAGUAUUAUUGUUUUGCAUAUCGCCACUCAUGACUCUGCAUCUUUUCCCAUGAUAUACUAAAAGAUAGACAUUGUUCUGCAUUCUUCGAAGUCUGGAUCCUACUAGUCAAUGAUGAUAUAAUGUUGCAUGGCUAAGUAAUGUAUAGAUUAUCGUCACGGUAGAAU